UUAACGAGAGCAGAAGGCACCGAAGACUUUGUAUUUGUCCAUUGAUUGGACUUCGUCUCUGAGGCACUAGUCCGCUCGUUUCAUGACGUUUGACGUACUUAUGAUUGGAAUGUUCAUCCAUGUCCGAUAUAAAAAUCAAGUAUAUAAGUACACGGAACGGCCAUUCGCGAGCAGUGACUUUACACAAUUGGCACGUAGAUUUCUUGUUUACUCUCAGUGACGAUCCUUUUCCUGAAAGUGUCUCCUGUCAGUGUCAACACGCCGUUUGAUAAAUAAGAGUAAUUAUUGAUAUUAACAACAUGACAGAAAAUUCAGCGAAAAAUACUUAGUGCAAGUCAAAAAAUCAAAUUGUUUGCAAAGAUGGGUGACGGAGAAUGCAGUAGGAGCAUUUUCAGUUAUGAAACGCUAGUUCACGCGAUAUCCGGUGCUACCGGUGGCGUCAUUGCCAUGGCAACGUUCUUCCCUUUAGAUACAGUACGGAGCAGAUUACAAUUGGAGGAAGACCGAGUAUCGAAAAGUACGCUCGCCACAAUGCGCGACCUCAUUACGAAGGAAGGGCCAGCCACUUUGUACAGAGGGAUGGUACCUGUUCUUCAGAGUCUGUGUGCCAGCAACUUCGUUUACUUCUACACGUUCCAUGGCUUAAAGAUGCUCAAAACAAAUAAAAAUCAAUCAGCUGGAAAUGAUCUGCUGGUUGCGUCAAUAGCAGGCGUAAUUAAUGUCUUAACAACGACACCACUGUGGGUAGUAAAUACCAGAUUAAAAAUGAGAGGUGUUGGCCACGUCCAGGAAAGGAAUAACAAUGAUUACAACACAUUAUACGAUGGUCUUAUAUACAUAUGGAGAGUCGAAGGUCUAAAGAAGCUUUGGGCGGGUACUUUGCCAAGUUUGAUGCUGGUUAUGAAUCCAGCCAUUCAAUUUAUGACUUACGAGGCUAUUAAGAGAAGAGUUUUCGCAUCUUUAAAUGGUUUACAACCACCUGCAUGGACGUUCUUUGUUAUUGGUGCCAUAGCCAAAGCAGUAGCAACUGCAUUAACUUAUCCAUUGCAAUUAGUUCAAACAAAACUAAGACAUGGUCAUAACUAUUCAAACCUGCCACCAAAUGCUGGGAGUUUAGAAAUUCUGUUUUACAUACUAAAAAAACAAGGAAUAUCAGGACUGUACAAAGGGAUGGAAGCAAAAUUAUUGCAAACAAUUCUUACAGCGGCAUUAAUGUUUUUAGCUUACGAAAAAAUUUCAACGCUUGUUUUUCGUAUUCUUUUGUAUAGACCAAUGUUAAGAUAAUGUUCCCACGCA